AAAUAUGUUUGUUGCACGCACGCCAGUGGCAAAUCAGCCACGUCGUGCCCUUUCAAGGGAUUCGGAGCGUCCCCGCCCAGUAAUUGUGAUCACUGAUCCCACCCCCCAACCCCAAUCCCUCCACCAGGCGAAUGAACCACCCUCUCAUAAAUUGAACCGAUGCCCGACGCCGCCGAUCAUGUGAGGUUCGAGUGUUGUACGCAUCCUGGCCAGCGACUCGCCCUGCACUGAUCUCGCCAUUGUCCCUCCUCCGUCAUAUUUAUUCUCGUCCCGGCGGCUUUUUGUUCCUGACAUCUGCGCGACUGGAUCUACUCACCUGCUGCCGCCCUCUUCCCCUUCUCCCAACAUGGCGCCGUUCCGCAACUUCUUGUCCAGAAAGUCCACAGCCCCCCCCAAUGGCGGGGAAGUCACUGCCAGCGACACCAACGCUAGUAGUCAUCUCUCGCUCGACAGCCAUGCCUCGACUCCCAUGAGCAUCCGGCAAAGUACUGAUAAUAAUGAGCCCCCCGAAUACAAGCUAAGCGUCGUCGACGCCAAUGGAAUCUACCACCCUCCAUCCCCACCCGAAAAGGCCAGCAUCUGGCGCAAGUACCCGGGAUCUCCGAAGUCCUCGCACUCACACCAUCGCGAUCUUGUCGAUGAGAACGAACCUUUCUCGAUAUCUCGCGAGUCAUUCGACUCAUACCGGCGGUCAUUUGAUAUCUCCGCACGGUCCCCCAUAUGCUACAGCGACGCGAUGCCAUCCCGAACGUCGCUUGACUCCCGAGUCUCCCGCAUGACAUCCCUCUCAUCCGCAGGACUCCGCAAACAGCCCGAGACCAUGGAAGAAGAACAAUUCGAAGAGGUCGGACUAGACGACGAGGAAGUCAAGCCCAAGCGGAAGAGCAUCUUCUCUCGAUUCGGCGACUUUACUACUACGAGCGACUCCCCAAGCACCAGCAGCACAUCCAAGACAUCGUCUCUCGGCUUCCACAUCCCCGGCCGUAAGAGAGGCCAGAGCAACGUGGGCUCGGAACUAGGCACCUUCCAGGGACCGCCAGAGACCGAUGUUCGUGAUGCGUGAUACAGAAACCAACGGGUGUGUAACUACUAUAUACUGGGUAAUUCGAUAAUCUGUAGGCGUCUGGGCCGGGGGAAGGGUUGGGGGUUGUCAUCCAUUGCAUUAUGGCUUUCUUUUCUUCUUCUUUUUUUUUACUACCACACCCAUCCAUUCACGCUCGACAGCUGCGCUGUAUGGUGUUGUCUGGUGAACGGUUGGUUUUGGCUAACCAUGUUGCGCGUGCGCGCGCAUGC